GCAGCCGUGAGCGGCUGGCCGGCCUAGCCCAUCGUGUUUGGCCCACUCUGCGGGCCGAGGCGGCGGCGGCGGCAGCAGCGUUCGUGAGUGCCAUCCCCACUCUCUCCCUCUCUCUCCCUCCGGCCCGGGGAGAGCCCGCGGGUGCGAGUGAGACACACACAUACCGAGUGUGUGAUGGCUGGUGUGGCGUGGCGUGGCGUGGCUUGACGCGGCGAGGCGCCCCGGGCAGAGCCCCGCUCUAGGCCCAGUCAGUUGGUAUCUCCUCCCUCCCGCCUGCUCCGCCUGCUCCGCCUGCGGCCCGGCCCGGCCUCCCGGUGACGGAGCGAGAGUGGCUCGACGGGCUCAUGCCGGACCGGACCACCGGCCUACCCGGCCGACCCGACACGACCGGCUAGUUUGUGUUGCUCGGCCGUGCCGUGCGAGUAGCGAGCGAGCGACCCGGCCCCGCGACCGCGACCCGCGCCACCCCGCCACGCGCUCCCGUCGCCGCGGGUACCUCGCAGGUACCUUGUGUUUUCUGCCGCCCGAUUGGCGCGACUCGCGCGCCCGCCCAGUCCCGCGCGCGCCCUGCCAGCUGGGGCCUGUGGCGGCCCGUCCCCGUCCAAGACGAUCGUGAUGGCGGAGGUCGCCCCUCGGUGACAGCCGCGGUCGCCGUGAGCGUGCAGGGCGCGACACGCGCGAAGAAGCGCAGUGAAGUGUUGUGUUGUGAGUGAUAUUGAGUGGAGGGGAAGUGCCUGCCAUCCCCACGACAGUGCUGCGGACCGAGUGCAUCGGAGAAACCGAGCCUUCGACAUUCUUGGAUUAUCUCAUCUCCUCGUCGCCUUAUCGCCACCCAGAAGUGCAGCAGCGGCAGCAGAGGCAGCAGCUCGGCCUGAGAACGGCGACGUCAUCAGCGUCGCGACCGCUGGAGACUGCGGGGCGAUGACGUCCUCACGGGGGGCGGCUCUGAUCGGCGCCGACCAGCGACUCAGCCACCAGCCCGCCCUGCACACCGGCUGAGGCCAGCCCCGCGGAGGCCCGCCGCGCCCUCCACGACGACAAGCUCUCCGGCCCACACGCGCGCCGCCUCCUUCCUUCCUGACCCUGGCGGAGGGCAGCCGGACCGCGGCCGUCCGAAACUUUCAUCGCCAAAAUUGUGGUUGCAACUGUAAACCUGACGCCGAAACGGCUCAAUGAGUGCUGCGGCGUGUCCCAGACUGGCGCGGCUACCGCGGGGGCCCGCGGGGCCCGGCGCGCCCAGCGGGAGCGCGACCGGCGGGAGCGGGGCGAGGAGUCGGCGGACUCGCACGCGGACUCGCCCGGGGACUCGCACGGGGACUCGCCCAGCGACUCCAACGACCCUUCCAGCGACCCCAGCACCACCAGCUCCCGCCCCUGGCGCCGCAAUGGGCACAAGGCAGUAGCACCGCCCCUCUGAGCUGCCCGGCUCACCCUACUCGGACUCGACCGCGAGUCCACAGCACCGCGCAGCCAUGGGGCCGGAGGGACGCCGGGGCCUGCGGCAGCAAGGACUCCGGCGGCGACCACCGUGUCCGGGACUCCGACCGGCAAGCCUUCCUAGACCUCGCCGUCGGGACCAUGGCGCACGCCGGGGCGCGGCCGCGGCCGCCGUGCGUCGCCGCGCCCUGGACUGAGCGCGGGGAUGGUGGCGCGCAACUUUGGGGCCACCGGCGGCUCGGGGGGCGGCGCGCAGGGGCUGGGGCCCAUGGGGUCCCUCGGCUCCCUGGGGUCCCUGACCUCCAUGCAGAUGGACUCCGGCCCGGACGGCGGCGGCGGCUACUCGCAGCUGCUCGAGCUCGAGGACGACCGUGACGAGUACCUGCCGUUGGAACAACUCAAGCCGGCGCACCUGCACCAGCUGCACCAGCUGCACCAGCUCCAGUCGCAACAUAAUGUCUACUACGAGCUCUCGUCCCACUCGACGGCGGCCUGCGCCGGCACCACCACCACCACCACCACCACGGCCGCCCUUCCUGAAAGUUCCUGCGCCCCGCACACGCCCAUGUACCUGGGCGGUGGAGGGGGCAGCCUCAGCGACGACCUGGGGGGACUCGGCGCCGGCCUCGGACCAGGGCUGGGCGGCAGCCUGGGCGGGGGCCUCGGCCUCGGCGGCCUGGGCGGGAGAGGCCUCUGCGACCCCGCCGGCAGCGUCCACUCACAGUCCGCCAUGGACCAGGUCCUGGAGCUACCGCCCCAGGUGGACUCAGCGCACAGCUUGUCGAAGAAGAGAAAGAGCUCAUACCAGUAAGUAUCCAGACUGCUUUCAACCAGCGCCUGGGAGGUGGGCCGCACGCGCACAGCGGUGCGUCGCUC